GAUUUUUCCAAGCCUGCUGUUAGGAUUUGCUGCAUACUGUUCACCUGGAAAGAAUGGCCUGUUGGGAAUUCCUGACUACUUUCAGAAAUUUCAGAUGUAAUACAGAUUGCAAAUAUGAGCUUGAAAAUCACAUCAGGAGGAUUACAUGGGUGUGAAUGAUAGUUCCAGAUGAGUGGAAGACAAGUACGUUUUUCCAGUGUAUUCCUUAAUCUGCAGCAUCGGAAGUCCUUGUCAUGCAACACUUUCUGACAUGAAGAUUACAGUUCACUGGAAUUUCUGAUGAUGCCCAGAGGUGAGUGAGCAUUUCUCUGGCCAGAACAGGAAGAUCUAUGGCGCAUUCUUGUAGCUGACCAGCAUAUGGAGGGCUCUCACUAAAAGAUCUAGAUUAAAUUACCUAGGAACUGCUGUAAUUCAAAAAGAAAAUACAGCUGCCAGAGCAGGAAGGUGUGGAGGAGCGGAGAGGCAGCCCCCAUCACAGACCUGCGGGGUGUGACCCUCCGUGCCUGCACCGCGCUCCGCUGCCCGACUGACAGGUCCCAGCUCUCGCCGGCUCUUCCAGCGGCAGCUCCUCCCUUCUGGCCAGAUGGACAGCACAGCUUGGACUUGGGCUCCGGGGGACCCGGCUCGGGGCAGAAAGCAGCCUUUUAUAGCCGGCACGCCGGGCUGCGGCUCACACACCUACACACUCCGCUGCCGAGCACAGCGCCGCUGCCGGGACCCGCACCCCGCCCGUCGCUGCCCAUGGCGCCGCUGUCCCCGCUCCUGCUGCUGCUGCUGCUGCCGGCGGCCGUUUAUAAAGGCACUUUUGGGGAAGCCCGUUUGAGAAAUCGAAGAGGAAUUCUGGAACUGGCCGGAGCCAUCAGAUGCACCACAGGGCGCUCUCCCUUUGCCUACCUACGCUACGGAUGCUACUGUGGCCUGGGAGGAAAAGGAUGGCCCAAGGACAGAGUAGACUGGUGCUGCUUUCACCAUGACUGCUGCUACGGGAGGGCAGAACAAGCAGGCUGUCAGCCAAAGACUGAAAGUUACCACUGGGAAUGCAAAGACAAUUCUGCUGUGUGUGACUCACUAGAAGAUAAAUGUCAAAAAAUGGCAUGUGAAUGUGACCGUGAAGCUGCCAAAUGUUUUUCUAAAGCUCCCUACCACAGAAAAUACCUUUUGUGGCCAGACUUUAUGUGUGGUGAGAUUCAGCCUUUGUGUAGGUAUUAGAUACAUAACUCUUGUAUAUAUUUAAAUCUAAAAUUACUUUUUUUUUUUCUGGCCACAGUAAUGACAAGAAAUAAUUUUCCCCUUUCUUGAUACUCUUUCAUUCCACCUCAGCUUCUCCACCUCAAAAUGGCCAAAGUAAACAUUUUUCCUGUUAUUUACUUUCUCCCAUGCACUUAUUAUUGACUAAACAGAAAUCUGAGUUUAUUAGCUUAAGGAGUAACUGACAAUGUUAAUUUUUGUUUAUAUUCAGAUUCAGAGAUUUUUCAGGUUGAUAAUACUAUUAGUUGUAAACUUUUUAUCCCCCCUCCCCUGGCUAUAACCUUAGCGUUUGUUAACUUUGAACUGACUGGAAAAAGUUCAUGAAGUGACAGUGUCAGCACAAAGAGCCCUCUCAUCUACAUUAAACACUUACUAC